AUGGGCGUAGCGUUUAGCUCGUUGUGGACCUCGCUGUUUGGUUCCAAGGAGCUCAAGAUCUGCAUUCUAGGACUUGACAAUGCCGGCAAAACUACUCUCAUGUACAAGAUGACGCUAGGUUCGGUCGUCUCUACCGCCCCGACGGUCGGAUCCAAUACAGAGCAAUUUGAAUACAAAAACCUCAAGUUCAUGCUGUGGGACGUCGGCGGACAAACAUCACUUCGAACAUCCUGGACAUCGUACCUCGCUUCGACGGACGCUGUGAUCUUUGUUCUGGACAGCAACGACCGUGAGCGCGUCACAUUGGCGAGACAGGAGCUGCAUCGCAUCGCACAAGACGAACAGGUCGCCAAGGCGCCCAUACUGGUGUGGGCGAACAAGCAGGAUAUCAAGGGUGCAAUGACGCCAGCCGAGAUCUCCGAGAGCUUGGCAUUGACGGCGUUCAGGGAGAGAACGUGGCAGAUCUUUGGUUGUUCGGCGUUGACGGGGAAAGGGCUGACCGAGGGCUUGGAUUGGCUGGCGCAUACGUUGGGUGCCAAACGGUAG